CUCGAAGGCCGCUCCGAUGACCUCGGCGACCACGCUGCCUUCCGCCUGGUCCUUUCCUGUCCCCUUCUCCCCCCCCGGCUCAAGCCAUGUCGGACCGAGAGUCCAGCAAGGCAAGGCCCGCCGCCCGCGUCGGCCCCCUCUCCGGGGGGCGCUUGGGCGCGCGUGCGCGCGGGGCUAGCUUUCGAGGCGCCGCCCGCCGCGCGCGCGCCCGGAGCGCAUGGGGAAGAAGAGGACCGCUGCCGGCGAUGACCUGGCGCUGGGGGGGCACCGGAGCCAGUGGUGGUGCUACUACUGCAACACGGAGACGAAGGACGAGGAGUCCCUGGUCAGGCACCAGCAGUCGAAGCACUUCAGGUGCACGCUGUGUGGCCCGGCCUCGCCGUUCAAGUUCUGCCAGAGCGUGAGCGGCCUGCUGGCGCACGUGCGGAGAUCGCACAAAAUGGAGUUGACCAAGGUGCCGGGAGCGGUCGAGGGGCGAGACGACGUCAAAGUGGACGUGUUCGCCAUGCGGGGUAUCGACGGAGUUCCUCCCCGCGCAGCACAAGCCGCGAAGGCGGCGCCCCCGGUGAUGCAGCCGCCGCCCACCCCCACCACCCCCGAGGGCAUGCUCGCCGUGCUGGAGCUGCACAAGCAGGCGGAGGCGAAGCGGCAGAGGGAGGCCGCCGAGGCGGCCUCGGCGCUGCAGGCGUCCACCGGCCGCGGGGCCGUGCUACUCGCGGCCGCCGUGGGCGCGGGCGCCGACGCUUCCGGGCCGUCGCUGGCGUCCGCGGCCCUGGGCGCCAUCGGCUCGCUGAGCGCUGCGGCGACGGGCGCCGUGGGCGCGCCGCUGCUGGGUCAGGGAGGCGGAGCAGCUGCUGCAGCGCCCUCGGCGGUCAUGGUGUGGGGAAAGUGGCGGCACAGCGCGGGAGGCGAGGUUACGGUGACCCCCGGCCUCGCCGGGCUCGUCAUCGUGAGCCACGCUAUUCUGGGCGAGCUCACCGUGCCCCUCUCGGACUUCCUGCAAGGCAGCAGGGUGCGCUUCGUCGAGCGCGAGGGCACCCUGCACGGCAACCUCAUCAGCUGGAGCAACGGCACAUCGUGGAUAAAGGUCAGUAUCAUCUCGUCGCCCCCCCGCCCCCCCUCCCCGGUGGAACAGGGACCGACCGUCCCAGCAGGCCAGGACGCUUCCCCACUGCUCGCCACGGGGAGGGGCUGCAGCUCGGCACGAACGAAAUGGGUACGGAAAGGAUGGGUACCAUGCCCAGCAGCAGCUCCUGCUCCUCUGGAGUAGGACUCGCUGCCCGCGCCGCCGCGGCCUGUGCCCGUUUGCCUGCCCAGCAGCGGCCGCUGUUGGUUGGGGACAGCACUUGUUGCUGGGCAUCGUGCCCAUUUUUGUCCGUACGCGCGCGGACGCCUCGCCGGGCCCUCCGCGGCCCUCUCCCGCGGCCCUGCGCGAGCCGCGGCGCCCCGGCCCGACGGGCCGCCCGCCGCGCGCGGCCCAAGGGAGGGCCCCCGCCGCUCCGUGGGCCCAGACGCGCGCGCGCGCCGCGAGGCCGAGACAGGAGCCAGGCCGGGAGGCGUGUGGCCUCUGUCGGUCUCUG